AUGACGACGCUCGCCCUCUCGCUGGGUCCGCCAGCCUUGGUUCGGCUACACGACGUGCUCAUAUGCUUGUCCAAGUUCAGCGACACUGUCGCCAUCGAGGCUGAGCAUGACCUGCUUCGAUUGAGCGCACUGAAUUCCACCAAGACGGCGUUUGCAUCGUUUGCGUGUGAGAGGGCGCUGUUUUUCGAGGCGUAUUCGUUUACCGUGCCACAGAGUACGGCAGGAAGCGGAGCUGGGGAUCGGUUUUAUUGUCAGAUUUACAUCAAGGCGCUAUUGUCGGUCUUCCGCGGAAGAGUCGACCGGAACAAAGACACCGCGGUUGAGCGAUGCGACAUGGAGCUUCACGAGGAUCCUCAGCAGACAGAGUGUCGGUUGACUGUCAGGAUGAUCUGUGGACUAGGCGUGAUCAAAUCGUACAAACUCACCUACGAGCCUGCGUCCAUCCAGCACGCCGUGUUUGACAGGAGCAGAUCUACCAACCAGUGGAUUGCGGAUUCCCGCUUCCUCAGACAGAUCAUUGAUCACUUUAGCUUAUCUGCGGAGCAGCUUGACAUGUACUCCGACUCCGGCAAGGCCGUGUUCACGAGUUUUACAACCAAAAUCAUGGAGGGAAAAGAGGUCCUCAAAUACCCCGUGCACACCUCUGUUGCCACGGACAAGCGCGACUUUGAAGAAUUUCUCGUCGAAGACAACAUGCACAUUGCCAUUAACCUCAAAGACUUCAAAGCCGUCGUCGCCCACGCCGAGACCGCCAAUGCCGCCGUCACAGCCCGUUAUACCCGCCCCUGCAAACCGCUCCAACUAGCCUACGAGUUCGAAGGCGUGGCCGCCGAAUUCACCAUCAUGACACGCGGCGAGGUCGAGAGCGACACCGCGCCAAGUCUUUCGCGUACCGCAAUCUCGCAGCUCUCGCAACGGCAAACUACCGCGGCCCCGAUUGCCGUACGCCGGGUCGAGACACCACGCGCGCCUUCGCAGAAUGCGCAGAUGCCCCCGCCUCCACCCAGGGCGCGGCCGAUCAGGCCGUUAAAUGGGACGUCGACGCAGGAGCACUUGUCGCUGUCGACGGCGAGCGAGCAACCGACUGCGUCGGCGCUUUCGAUGGAGUAUGAUAGUUUGUUUGUGCCGGCGGAUGAUGACCGACAGUGGGAUGAGAUGAAUGAGGAGGAAGAGGAGCCGCAGGAUAUUCUGGGCUGGGAUGCGAGUGGGCGGCCGGACGCGUCUGAGGGAACGCUAAGAGAUGAGGAGCCUGAUUUCCCAAAGAUGGGUGGGAAGAGGAAAAGGGAGGCCAGGGAGGAAAUGGGGAUUCCGCCGACUCAGCGGAUGUCGCAGGUUCGUGGGUUUGGUCUUUUCGACUGA